CGAGCUGAGACUGGAGAAAGGGAGGACCCCUUGGUGAUAGGUUGUUAAAUCGGUGUGAGGAGUGAAUUGGUGGGGUUUUCUUUAUCAUUUUAUUGAUGACAGUGUGGAUCGUAGCCCACAUAUGACUUCCGGCAGCCGAUGAUGUCAAAAUCUUCUCUCGGCAGAAAGGUUGUUUCUGCUAAGGUGACAGACUGGGUGAAUCCAUCGUUUGAUUGCAUCAGCAAAUCUCCCUUACCGCAGGUUUCAGACAGAAAGCCAUCUGCUUGUUCAAGGUCAAGUGGUGGGAAUCAGAAAAUUCUUUGGACUGGAAGUGACAAGAAAUUUCAUUCCAAUACCUUAAAUGACACAAAGAGUCAAAAAAGAAUUAAAGUAUCUCAUGCGGAACAGAUUUUAAGUCACAGUAGGCAAAACUCCACCUCAAAUCGCAGUAGUUCCUGGGUGGAUGAAUAUAGACCUCAGACACAGGGUGAACUUGCGGUUCACAAGAAGAAAGUUGAAGAGGUUGAUAGUUGGCUGAAGGCCCACACGUCAGAGACAUGCCGUCAGCAAGAUGGCUCCAUCCUAUUGUUAACGGGUGGCUCAGGCACUGGCAAGUCAGCUACCAUACACGUCCUAGUGAAGGAACUGGGAAUUCAGCUACAGGAAUGGAUAAACCCUUUAUCGCAAGAUAAAUUCAAACCUUGGGAUGAAUUUGAACGCCACUAUAACACUGACUCCUGUUUCCAAGUGUAUAUGAACAAGCCACAAUCUGUCCAAUUUGAAGAAUUUUUGCUGCGAGCCAGCAAAUAUAAAAAGCUCCAGAUGGUGGGAGACGUUCUGCAUUUGGACAAGAAACUGAUUCUUGUUGAGGAUAUCCCUAAUCAAUUUUAUAGAGAACCCUCUUGUUUGCAUGAUAUCUUACGGAAGUUUGUUCAGUCGGCCAGAUGUCCAUUGGUGUUCAUAAUUUCUGACAGCUUCAGUGGAGACAGCAACCACCGGGUACUGUUCCCACACGACAUCCAAACAGAACUGGGUAUCUUCAACAUUAGUUUUAACCCUGUAGCUCCCACGAGCAUGCUGAAAGUUCUAAGCAGAAUAUCCGCUCAAGAGGCAAGCAAGAAAGCUGGCAAGUCUGUUGUUCCUGACAAAGCUGCCCUAGAGAUGCUGUGCAGGGCCAGCGCAGGAGAUAUCAGGAGUGCAAUAAACAGUCUGCAGUUUACGUUGGUGAAAGGCUGCCCACUGGAACAGAUUCAGUUGCCAAAGAGUAAAGGAAAGUCUUCAGUAAGAACUGGCACAUCUUUGGGAAGAAAGUAUAAAGAAAAGUCUUCAAAGGCACAUGAAAAUGAGAGUGCCCUGCCUGCCAUUGGAGGCAAGGACCAAUCUCUCUUCCUUUUUCGAGCUCUGGGAAAAAUUAUGUAUUGUAAACGAGAGCCAUCCAGUGGCAUGCAUUUGAAUCCAUUACCAGCUCAUUUAUCUGAGCAUGAGAGGGAUCCGCUUUUGGUCAAUCCAGAGGAGGUAAUUGAAAAUUCACAUAUGUCUGAGGAGUUGUUUAAUCUUUACCUCCACCAGAAUUAUGUUGAUUUCUUCAGUGACAUAGAUGACAUAGUGCGUGCUAGUGACUACCUAAGUGAUGCGGACUUCCUAACAGUAGAUUGGAGUCAUCGUUCAACUAUGUGGAAAUAUAGUGCGUCUGUGGCGACCAGAGGGCUGAUUCAUGCCAACAGAGCUCGAGCUUGGGCUAAUUGUAAAGGAGGAGCUGGUUUCAAACCUUUGCACAAACCACAGUGGCUAUCAAUAAACAAAAAGUAUAAAGAAAAUUGUCUUGCCACCAAAGGUUUCUUCUCAAACUUUUGUUUAGCCCCAGUUUGCCUUCAGACUGAGUUAUUACCGUACCUAGCACUACUGACAAACCCUAUGAGAAAUCAAGCACAAAUUAAUUUUAUUCACGAUGUGGGAAGCUUUCCAUUCAAGCGAUACUCUACAAGGCCGGCAUUGGAAGCUUUAACGGAUAAAGAUCCUGGUAUUGUGGAGCUCAGCCACGAGGAAGAGGACUGUUGGCAGCCUCAGCCGUUAGUGACACAUGAGCAGACAGCAGCAUCCACACAAGAGACUCAGACCACGUACUCCGCAGGUGUUGCUGGACAGCCUGGUGGAGGGGACCUGCCGAGCAGCCAGCCGCAACCCACCAUAACACAAGCCUUUCUCGAGGAUGAGGAGCUAAUAAUUGAGGAAUAUGAUAGUGACUAAUGUAGAAGUAUUCUUCUGGACUAACUUACGGAUGGCACGGUCUCCACAGAGCCGAGGUCUUAACAUCGUGUCCGGGACUACCUGGAAAGCAGGCGAGACGGCCGAACUGUGACAACUUCUCCAGGAUAAUUGGAUCAACCUACCAGCCGAUUUUCUUAUGAAACCACGACAGUGUACCUAAGAAAACUGAUGCAGUUUUAAAGGCAAAAAAUCACACAAAAUAUUGAUUUGAUUUAGUUUUUUAUUGUUUACUGCACUUUAUAGUAAUUUAUUUGAUACUUGGAAAUUUCUCAUUCCAUUAUAUUUGAAAACGUCUUUGCUUUACAGAUUUUGUUACAUGCGUUUAAGACUUUUGCACCGUACUGUAGGUCUCCUACACCCAUCCAGAUCAUUAUCGUUAUGUUACAUCGUUUGUAUUUUGUCCAACAUUAACAGUAGAAAUGCAUCGGCAGAAUUGUUGUAAAGCUCUUUCAAUAGAAACCUCUUAUAAAACUGGGCUGUUUGAAGAUUAUUUUAUGUAUCUUUCCCAGCGUGAUUAUUUGAAAAUCUGGUUGCUGUAAUAAGACUCCAACUCUUUAGUCUUUAAACACUAAAGAGAGUUCAGCAGAUGCGGGAAAUCCUGAGCAACCCACAAAAAACGCUGGAGGAACUCAGCAGGGCAAGUAGCAUCAAUGGAGAGAAAUAAACAGUCGACGUUCUGGGCUGAGAUCCCUCAUCAUGACUGGAAAG